GCCGUCGACCCAUUCUCGAAAGUUCCGGAAGCCACUAGAACGAAAGUUUGUAUAUAUGGACCGCACAGCUUACGCGACACUUUAGUACGUGAAGAGAGGUGUUAAAUGUUGUUUCAAGCAAUCUGUCAGAAACAAACAUUUCAUCGAUUUGCGUAACAUUUUCAAUAAAUCACAAGUGAAUUCAGUGCCAAUCGGAUUUUCUAAUCCAUCAAGCGAUAGGAAGAACAGCAACGAUCAGUGACCAAUGGGGAAAGAUUAUUAUAAAAUAUUAGGCAUAAACAAAAGUGCCAGCGACGAUGAGAUCAAAAAAGCAUACAGAAAGUUAGCUUUGAAGUAUCAUCCUGAUAAAAACAGGAGUGCUGGAGCAGAAGAGAAGUUCAAGGAAAUAGCCGAAGCUUAUGAGGUGCUUUCUGAUGCUAAAAAGAGGGAGGUAUAUGACACCUUCGGCGAGGAGGGAUUAAAGGGAGGAGCUGGGUCAGCAGGAGGCGGUGGUGGUGGAACAACAUAUACUUUCCAUGGAGAUCCAAAAGCCACCUUUGCUCAAUUCUUUGGUUCUGCUAGUCCUUUCCAAACUUCCUUCUUCGAGUUUGGAGGUCCUAUAGGAAACCGAUUAUUUGCUUUCCACGAUGAUGACAUGGACAUUGAUGACCCACUUGGACUGGGAGUUGGGCCACAGCGUCAAGGUGGCCAAGGUGGAGCUUUCAGAUCACAUUCUUUCAACUUUGUGGGAUCUAAUUCCGGCAGAGGUGGCAAUAAGGAUCGUGCUCAAGAUCCUCCUAUUGAACACGAUCUCUACAUCAGUUUAGAAGAAAUUCUACGUGGUUGUGUGAAAAAAAUGAAAAUCUCCAAACGAGUUGUACAACCUGAUGGCACUACUAAAAAGGAAGACAAAGUUCUUACAAUUAACGUCAAGCCAGGAUGGAAAGCUGGCACUAAGAUCACUUUCCAAAAGGAAGGUGACCAAGGCCGUGGGAAAGUUCCAGCAGACAUUGUUUUCAUCAUCAGAGACAAACCACAUCCUCUCUUUAGAAGAGAGGGAAGUGAUAUAAGAUACACAUGCAAGUUAAGCUUAAAGCAAGCUUUAUGCGGUACUGUCAUUGAAGUUCCUACGCUUACUGGCGAAAAAAUCAACUUAAAUUUGACAAGAGAAAUCGUAAAGCCCAAUAUGGUUAGGAGGAUUCAGGGUCAUGGCCUACCAUUCCCAAAAGAACCAUCAAGAAAAGGUGAUCUCUUGGUCUCGUUCGACAUCAAAUUUCCUGAAACAUUAUCGCAAAGUGCAAAGGACAUACUGUAUGAUACUUUGCCGAAUUGAAUACGCAAAAUUGAAAACAAAAAAUGCAUGGAUAAUUGUCAUCACAACGACAGUCCUCUAAUCGUCCCAAUUGACGAGAAUAAACACUCGUGUACGUUCUAGUACAUAAAUGCGUGGUUAGAGAGCUGUGACAAAAAUAUUUGUUAAGGCGAUGCAAAUAAUAAUUUUAUCUUCUAGCUAGGAAAAUGUGAUUUUUCCAUUAGUCAAAUGUAAAGAAAAUCAGGUUACUGAUUUGAGUUUAGACAAGUUUAUGUUCAUUACAAUUCGGAAUGGUAAAACGAAAAAUCAUUGCUUUGAUAGAAACAAUGAAAUGUACUUCUGGCUUUACAUGCGGGAAGAAUGAUCCUAAAAUACUGAUUACUGAUUGAAUAUCUUACAUUAAGUUAUAUGGUUUAACAGUGUGAAUCGGUCUGUAUGAAUGUGAUUUCCUUAAUUUUGUUUAUUCUGUACAUUUGAAGUAUAUAUGUAUUGUGUAAACAGUUGGGGUGAAUGAGCAUAUGUUUGCUACGUGGAUGGAUUUGUAAGUAUUCUUUGACGUAAAUGCGUGAUGCGUGUCUGAUUUGUAUGAGCGGUAAAUCUACAGAAAUAUGACAAAUUAAACUACCAUUACUGUUUAAAUCGUCGUAUUUUAUUUUUGCUGGUUUUUCAUUAUUUGUACAUUAUAGUUUGACACUCCUUCAUAUACAUUAGCAAAAGAAAUUAAAUUCAUGUAUUCUCAUAUCAUCAAAGUACAAAAAUUGUACCUUGCUCAUUAAUUUUCUUUGAUUUUACGGUAAUUGGUGGAAGAUUUUGUCAUAUGAAAGCAGAUGUGUGUAUAAAGAAACUGUUUGUAAUAUCGAGCCGAUUGUUUUCUUAUGUAAUGCGUCUUCUUAAUUUUAAUGAUUGAUUAAUUAUUUGUACGCUAAAAUAAUAUCGAUACAAUUAAGUGACACAA